AUGGACCUCCCAAGAUGCCCCUUCUGUAACAUUGCCGCCACCAAUGGGCCGGCCCCUAUCGACCAACCCGAGUCAAUCCCAUCGGAUUCAACUGCUGCGCCUACAGCACAUCUCAUUCUCUCAACAGAGCAUGUCCUUGCUUUCUUGGAUAUCAUGCCCCUAACUCGAGGCCAUGUGUUGGUAGCGCCGCGGAAACACUUCCAGAUGCUAGGAGAUAUGGGGGUGGAAGCGGGACAAGAGAUGGGCAAAUGGCUACCGGUUCUCUCGAGGGUCGUCACCAACACCGUAUUUGGCGCUGACCACGAUAAGCAUUGGAAUGUGGUCCAGAACAAUGGCGUCCGGGCGGCCCAAGUCGUCCCGCAUGUUCAUUUCCACAUCAUUCCGCGGCCCGCGACGGGAAAUAACCAGCGAUCAAGUUUCGCGAUGUUCGGCCGAGGCCAACGCGAGGAGCUCGAUGACGAUGAAGGCGAGAAAUUGGCUCGCGAGAUGAGAGCGGAGCUGGCACGUGAGGUGUCUCGCAUCCUGAAAGACGAGGGGGUGGAUCUUGCGAAAGACUUGAAGCCGCAAGGAAAGCUGUAA